UUCCAUUAACUUCUCUAUAUCUUUCACUGAAAUAUUCACCAACAUUUUUCAAGAGAGUUCAGUAUAUCACAAUGCUUCAUUGUGGCUUCCAUUUUCUCUUUUGUAUGGUGACCAUUCUGUGCAUUUGUGUGUUAUGUGUUGAAAGUUUUGAUAUGAACAAGUGUGUGGAGUCCGAGAAACGAGCCCUCCUUAAGUUUAAAGAUUCUUUCACUUUUGGAAGGGACAAUCGUAUUACCUCAUGGAAAGGUGAAGAAUGUUGCGAAUGGGAAGGAAUUUCAUGUGAUGAUUUAACUGGUCAUGUAACCAGUUUGGAUCUCCAACUUUUAUAUGAUGAUUAUGAAAGAUCGCAAGGUAAGUUAGAUUCUUCAAUAUGUGAACUUCAACAUCUAACUUCUUUGUACCUCCAAGAUAACCAUCUAGAGGGGGGAAUCCCUGAAUGUAUUGGUUCACUUGGUAACGUGAUAGAGUUGGAUCUUCAUGGUAAUGAAUUCGUUGGAGUCAUUCCUCCUAGUCUGGGGAAUCUUUCCAACUUGAGAUUCCUUGAUCUUAAAUAUAAUUAUGAUUUGAGGGUAAAUGAUCUUGCAUGGCUUUCUCGUCUCUCUAAUUUGAGAUUCCUUGAUUUAUCAGAUAUGAAUCUCGGUUUAGUUGUUGAUUGGUUCUCACCAAUAAGCAAAAUACCUUCUCUAUUUGAACUUCAUUUAAGUGGUUGUGAGCUCCAAAAUGUCUCUCAUAAAUCUAUUCCCCAUCUGAAUUCUUCCAUUUCUCUAAAAUUCCUCGAUCUUAGUUAUAAUAGUUUAAACUCUUGUAUUUUGUCAUGGGUUGUUAAUGUUAGCAAAGUUCUCACACAUCUUGAUCUUUCAUAUAACUCUAUGCAACAAAGUAUUCCAAAUGAGUUUGGAAGUAUGGUUUUUCUUCAAUCACUUGAUCUUUCAUAUAACUCUAUGCAACAAAUUAUUCCAUAUGAGUUUGGAAACAUGGUUUUUCUUCAAUCACUUGAUCUCUCACAUAAUGAACUCCAAGGAAGUAUACCAAAAUCCUUUAAGAGUAUGUGUCGAUUGAAAGAAUUGCACUUAAAUUCCAACAAAUUGUCUGGCCAACUCAGUGGCAACAUACAGCAAUUAUGUUGUGCAAAUAUUGAUUUAGGGAUUCUGGAUUUAAGUGAUAAUCCAUUCACAAGUGAGCCACUUCCUAAUCUUUCAUGCUUUUCAUCAUUGGUGGAAUUAUAUCUUCGACAUACCAAUCUUGUCGGCUUGCUACCAAACUCAAUUUACCAUUUAUCCUUUCUUCAAACGUUAGAUCUUUCUCAUAAUCAUUUGAGUGGACCAUUUCCACACAAAAUCAGUCAAUUGUUUAGUCUUGAAGUGUUGGUUCUAUCUUCAAACGAGUUUAAUGGUAGUAUUAAUGAAACACGUCUAUCAAACUUAUCUAACUUGAAAAGUUUGGGUGUGGCUCAUAAUUCACUUUCAUUUAACUUGAGUGUAGAUUGGGUUCCACCUUUCAAACUUGAAACACUAGUUGCAUCAUCAUGUUUGUUGGGUCCUAAGUUUCCAGUAUGGCUCAAACAACUAAGAGAACUUAGAGGGCUAGAUAUCUCUAAUACAAGUAUUUCAGAUUCAUUUCCAAAAUGGUUUUGGAAUCUAUCUUCGAGUUUAGAGUACUUGAAUGUUUCACAUAACAAACUUAAUGGACCCUUACCAAAAUCACUUCAAAGUACAAAAGUAAGUUAUGAUAAAGAUCAUGUGUGGGAUUUUAGUUUCAAUAAUUUGAGUGAUUCAUUGCCUGCUUUUCCAGAUGUGAGUGACCUAUUUCUCUCAAAUAACAUGUUUACAGGGUCCCUGUCUUCAUUUUGUACGUCCACAUCUCAUAGUUUAGUUAAUUUGGACUUGUCUAGUAAUUUUUUUAAAGGAAAUCUUUUUGAUUGUUGGUGGAAGUUUCAAUCUUUAGAAUUUCUAAAUUUGGCUAGGAAUAAUUUAUCUGGGAAAGUACCCAACUCAAUUGGUGCUUUACGACAAAUUGAGUCACUCUAUUUAAAUAACAAUAAUUUCUCUGGUGAAAUUCCAUCUUUGAUCCUUUGUCACAACUUGAAAUUAAUUGAUGUUGGUGAUAACAAUCUUCAUGGAAAAAUACCAAUGUGGAUAGGACAUCAUCUUCCUAUGUUGAUUGUUGUACGUCUGCGGGCAAACAAGUUCCACGGAAACAUUCCUACAAAUAUGUGCAAUCUAUCAUUUCUUCAAGUAUUGGAUCUCUCUAUUAACAAUAUCACUGGGGAAAUACCACAAUGCUUUGGUGACUUAAGAGCCUUAUCAAAUUCAACGAUUUCAAGAGAAAGCUUUCACCAUUUCUCGUCAUCAUUUCCUUUCAUAGAAAAUGACGAAGCUAUCUCCUUUAAUGAUGAUGAAAUACUAGCUUGGAAAGGAUCAAACAGAGAAUAUGCGACAAAUCUUAGAUUUAUGAAAAUCAUUGAUCUUUCUUGCAACCAGUUAUCAGGAGAGAUACCAAAGAGUAUAACAAAACUGGUAGCAUUGGUUGGCUUAAAUCUCACUGGAAAUAAUCUCACAGGAUUCAUUCCCAACAACAUUGGUCAUAUGAAAAGUUUGGAAUCACUUGACCUGUCAAAAAACCAUCUUUUUGGUAGAAUUCCAAUAAGCUUUUCAAAUUUGACAUUUCUUGCUUACAUGAACUUAUCUUUCAACAACUUAGAAGGGAGAAUUCCACUUGGUACUCAGUUACAAUCUUUUGAUCCUUCUUCAUAUAUGGGGAAUACUGGACUUUGUGGCCAACCGCUCGUAAAUCAUUGUCCAAACGAUGUGAUUUCUCCAACUAAAAGCCAUAAGAAACAUGACACAAGUGAAGAUGAAGAUAAGCUCAUAACUUUUGGAUUUUAUGUUAGCUUGGGACUUGGUUUUAUAAUUGGAUUUUGGGGAGUUUGUGGAACUCUAGUGAUAAAAACAUCAUGGAGAAAUGCCUAUUUCAAAUUCUUCAAGAACAUCAAUGAUUGGAUUCAAAUCACACUAGCUGUUUUUGUAAUUAAAUUCAAAAGGAGAUUCCAAGUGGAAGACUAACAGGAGAUCAUCCAACAUCAUUUCGGUAUGCAAAUAAAUUAUAGUCAUGACCACUAAAAUCUGUAUCAUCAGAUGGGGAAACACAAACAUCAUUCUAUAUAAGAUAUGUUGCACAGCCAAAACUCAGAUGCUACACGCAGCAAGGAAGACCACAAAAUAACAAGCGAAUAAUGUUAGAACUUUUUGGGGUCAUACAUGUAAUAAAUUAAUGUGUUAGGACCAUUAUUUAAUUAGCCAAAUUAAAGUGAUCUAUUUAAUGUA